AUGGCAUCCUGCACAAUCCCGCUACUGGUCCUCAGCCUGCUGGUUCUUUGGACUUGCCCUGGUCUGGGUGCUACCAAUGAUGCCGAAGACUGCUGUCUAUCUGUGACCCAGCGCCCCAUCCCUGGGAAUAUAGUGAGAGGAUUUCGCUACCUCCUCCUCAAAGAUGGCUGCAGGGUGCCUGCUGUGGUGUUCACCACGAUGAGGGGUCACCAGCUCUGCGCACCCCCAGACCAGCCCUGGGUGGACCGCAUCAUACGGAGACUGCAGAGGAUCUCUGCCAAGGUAAGCCUGAGCAAGAGCUACAGCAGUUAG